GCCGGAGAUGAACCCAGCCAAAAACCCACGCCCCCACUCGAGAAAUUGGUAAGAGAACUUGAUGAUUUUGUUCUCUUCUUGUUCAAGAACAAGUUUAGGACUUAGAAAUCUUCUCCCUUGUAGAAAAUUUUCCAAAUCUACUGUCUUAUUCCUUCUCUGCCGCCGGCUGCUCCUGCUUUGUGGGGGCGAAUUGCUCUGAUUUUUCGGUUCUCCAAUUUUGGGAAUAGAUCCCGAAUUUCUCCUUGAAUUACCGUCAGCCUUCCCACCGCCAGCCCCAAUUUCUUUGCUUGCUAAAUUUUCUGGUAGUGAGACCUGACGCAUGGGGAGCCCGGGGGAGUGACUAGCUAGACGGCUAGGCAUCAUUUUGGACUUAGGUUUUUGUAGUUAGGCCGUUAGUCACCCAUGCUUGACAUAGAAAUUUUUGUGUACAGAACUUAGUUUUAGUCAUGAUUGUAUAUAUGAAGUUAAUAAUUUUGUACAUCUGACUAGUAAAUAUUUGGCUUAGAAUGCCUCUAAUCCAUUGAUGUGCAAAAUCUUUCCCUCAACUCUCCCUAGUAAUGCUCGAACUUGGUAUUAUAGUCUACCCCCAAGAUCUAUUAGCUCUGAUACAGAGAUGACAUCUGUCUUUGCUACUAAGUUCUCCAAUAGAAGGUUAAUCAAGAAAACUACACCUAAACUUAUGCGAAUCAUACAGAGGGAAGGAAAAUCCUUGAAAAAUUACAUGAGCAGAUUCAAUGAUGCAGUUCUGGAGGUUAGCUCAUUUGAUCAAGCUAUAGGAAUUGCAGCCAUAAUUCAGGGCCUCAAACACGAAAGAUUCAGGGAUAGGCUAAUUAAGCAUCCUCUUACUACUUUCAAUGAAGUUAAUGACAGAUCUUUGAGGUUUAUAACUACUGAGGAAUAUGCUUUAUCACAAAAACCAACUCCUGUAAAGAAUCAAAACUUGGUUUGGAGAGAGGAGGGCCAGAAUAGGAAAGGAUUGAAGACAGUACAAAACCGAGGUCCGAUGUCGACCUCCACACCGAGUUUCAGAAGACCGAAUUCAGCACCUCCUCAACAAACUCCCAGUAAAGCACCAGUUACAUGAACUCCUUUUAAUUUGUCGAGGUCAUAGAUAUUUAUGUAGAUUAAGAAUAAGAUGGCGUGAGGCGA